GUUGCUUUAUUAUUUAGUGCGCCCGACUUUACAAUCGUCAAAUCUCUUUCGCAACAUUUUUGUUUUUUUUGGCAUUAGGCCAGAAAACUCGACGAUAAGCUUUGUUGAAGUCUACCUGAGUUAAAUCAUUCGUGUCUCUGUAAAGUAACCAUGACACUCUUCAGUGCCUUCGCCAGUUUUAUUUUUACGUUGGCUGCUGUUGUUGAAAACCAGCCUGUCAUGGAGUCCUCAUAUGUUGCUGCUGUGUACGAGCACAACCUAAUCCUUAACCCGGAGCCCCUUGUGCAACUGUCCCGGUCUGCUGCCCUUCAACAUAUGCAAAAAAACUUGGAUAUCUACGAGGAGCAGGCUGCCGAGGCCGCUAAGCAGGGUGCCCAGAUCCUGGUGUUUCCAGAAGAUGGCAUUCAUGGUUACCACUUCAGCCGUUCAUCCAUCUCUGGUUAUCUUGAGACAAUUCCUGACCCGCAGCAAGAGAGCUGGAAUCCCUGCACAGAGCCCGAAAAGUACAACGUCACUGAGGUUCUCCAGCGCUUGAGCUGUAUGGCUCGUCGUAACAAACUCUACCUUGUGGCCAACAUGGCUGGCCUGCAGCCCUGCCCCCUGAAGACCGACCCCACCUCCUCCUGUCCCUCUGAUGGACGCUGGCAGUUCAACACCAACGUGGUCUUCAGGUCAGAUGGCCUGCUGGUGGCACGCUAUCAUAAAUACAACCUUUUCUUUGAGGAGUCCUUUGACACUCCACCACAACCUGAGCUCAUUGCAUUUGAUACACCUUUUGCCGGGAAGUUUGGCCUUAUCACCUGCUUUGACAUCCUCUUCCACAAGCCCACAAUAGCCCUGGUGGAGAAGGGCGUGCGUCAGCUGAUCUUUCCCACAGCCUGGAUGAACCUGCUCCCCCUACUAGACUCUGUCCAGUUCCAUCGGGCAUUGAGCUUGGGUGCCAAUAUCACCCUACUCGCAGCAAACCUUCGAAAUGACAGACUAAACAUGAGGGGAAGUGGUAUCUACACCCCUUUUUCUGCCACCUAUCACCACGCACAGAGAGGAGACCCAGAGGAGGGCAGACUGCUCGUUGCUAAGGUUCCUGUCUUAGACCAACAGUGGUUGGACAAAAACGUCACCACACAGGAGGAGGUAGUUAAGGCAGAGCUCAUAUCACCAAAGGCUACAGACUCUGGAUUCUGUCAUCAAGAGAGCUGUUCUGAUGCUUCUCCAGCCCCUGCCUCCUCCGACAACUUCACUUCACUCAUGAUGUACGACCUAUUUACAUUUGUCCUCGUAAACGAGACCGAGGGUGUCACUAAUGUUUGCAGCGGCACCUUUUGCUGUCUCCUCGAGUACCGUCGUUUUCCACAGGGUGACAGUGAAGAACUCUAUGCAUUGGGAGCAUUUGCUGGAAUGCACAAGAAUGGAAUCUAUGCCCAUCAGGUGUGUGCACUCGUCCGUUGUGCAGGGUUGGACCUCAGCUCCUGUGGGCAGCAAGUGGAAGAGGCUGAGACUAAACUGGACUUCCAAUUGGAGGGGAGGUUUGGAACCAGAUAUGUGUACCCGUCAGUUUUGGUUAGCAAGAUGGUCCUGGAUGAGCCAGAGCAUUUUGAAAAAGGUGCAGAUGGCAGAGUGAUCUUGAAACACUCAAACAUGAGUGGUGGGCUGGUGACUGCCUGUCUGUACGGACGGAUGUAUCACCUGGACAAUGAAUGAACUGCUUCGGAAUGACGUGUGUGUAUUCAUACGUUCUGACCAAAACUGGUUGUAAUGUAUCUUUUUCACAUUUGUCUUCUAUCAAAAACAUAUAUCUUUAUGCAUUGGAGUGUAAUGGAAAAUUGCUAAGAUGACCUUUUAAACCACGUUAGUGAAUGUAUCUGAUGUCUUCUUGUGUCCCUCAGUAAAAGUAUCAGCAUGGAAUAUGACAACAUGAUUGUCCUUGCAUUAUCUUUGUCUGUAGCCAUCGUGGGCAACUCCCUGGUGCAAAAUGUCAGUUCCAGUAAAAUCCUUGUUAAUGUGC